AUGUGUGGCAGACUGUUGUUCUUCCUAAUCGGUAUGUACGCUGGAGUUGUGGCCAACCAACAAUACCAGAUGCCUAAUGCUCCAACACCCAGUGAGGCUUGGGAGAGAGCUGCAGCCAGAUUCGAGAAAUACAAGCGUGAGCAUCCUUGUGAACACAAACCUCCUCACUCAAGCUUCUAUGACAACCCCGAAGUUAAAGACAUCAUUGAUAGAUUGAAGUCUUUGGAGAGAAGACGAAGGUCUGAAGCAAGGGAGGAUAACUGA